AUGCGUUUCUCCAUGGUCAAUGCUGCUGCCAUUCUUGGCAUGCUGAGCUCUGCCUCCGCCUCGCCUGUGGAUGCUCGCUCCACCACUGUCACGAAGACCGUUUCUCCCAGCGACUACGGCUACAUCAACUUCGUCGACCUCAAGAGCGACAAGGGAUAUGUGACCUUUACUCUGAGCUCGACGGCGGGCAAGGUCCUUGGUUCGUGGAGCGGUUCCACGCUCAACUGCGCUGGCACCGUUACCGACGCAUCCGAGCACGAAUGCUACAACGACCAGACCAAGUACUCCAUUGAUUGGUCGAAGAAGACGAUCAGCGUCAAUGCCUCCACCGUUAGCAACUACGUUUUCUCUUACAGAGCCGGCACCACGACUCUCCCCUUCGAUACGUCUGCUUGCGCUACCGGCACUUGCGAGUACACUGGUACCAUCGCGGUUCCCAUCACCAAGUUGACCACCUACUCCUACUACUCUUAA